UGGUGUGACAGUUAAAUAAAAAUCUUUUUAUUUUGGCAGUUUAGUAUAAGGAGGAAUGCAAAGGGUUUUUAAAUGAAGUGCUCGUGUCUAAAGCUUUUAAAUUAUGUCGACACGAUCCCAACUAACUAAGGACCUGAAUGAGAGUAUAAAAUCAUCUGUAGGAAACAAGGUUAAGAUUCUUUUCAAAAAUGUUGUCCGUUUGGAAACAAAAGGAGAUAAGACUGAGAAUAGGGUUUUGGUAUUUUCCCCAUGUCGAAUUCUUCUGCUCACAGCUAAAGUGCCAACUAAAAUUGACUGUCAUUUCCACUACUUGGAAAUACAAGCGUUGGAAAGUAAACGAGGCAAUCAGUUAAGCUUGACGAUUAAUGAUAAAGUUUACUCGUUUUUAACCGGUGACGAUUCGACAUGCAGUGCAGAAGUAGACAAUAUGAUAUCAGCAUUAAACAACGCUAUAAGGAACAUUUUUCCGACCGUCCCUCUGCAGCACAUCAUCAAAAAAAUUGAUGUAAUACCAAACACCAGAUUGCAACAAUUGAGGGAUUUAGAAGCGAUAGCCAGUAGUAGACGCGAAGUGGGGCCUUGCGGGGGCUUUUCAACACAAUAUGCUUGCAUGUGCGAUUUUCACGGCAUGACUUAUCGGGAAGAAGUUGCCUGGGAUGUCGAUAACAUCUACGUAUCCCUCAACACGAGAGAAUUAUGCCUUAAAGAUUUCGAUUACUUGGACCAAAAAGAUUUGAUUCCGAUUAUAAGUGCGCUGGAAUACAACACGUGGUUUACUAAGUUAAGGGCAAAUCAAGUGAAGUUGUCCCAUGACAACAUGGAUCGAAUUUUGCACGUUUUAAGGAAGUCUCUCAAUUUGGAAGAAAUCUAUUUGGAUAACUUGACAUUAAAAGCCGAUUUUGUUAACAAAUUUGCGAAUGUUUUGAAAGUGAAUCCAGCAACUGCCCUCCACACUAUAGAUUUAUCUUACAAUGCCAUUGAAGAUAAAGGUGCUAAUUAUUUAUCGGGUUGUGUUUCUCGGCUCAAUAAAGGACUUGUUCAUUUAAAUUUAGCUCAUUGUGGGCUCAGUUCUAAAGGAGUCAAUCAUCUAGCGGCGGCUCUUAACAGCAACACAAGUGUAUUGAGUACACUCACGUAUCUCAACCUCAGUGGCAAUAGUCUCAAAGAUGACAUAAGUAAUUUACACACUUUUUUAUCCCAUCCAAAUGCACUUCAGCAUGUAGAUAUAUCAAGCACUGAUGUAAUACUGGAGAGUUUGUUUGGUGCUCUAGUUCGUGGCUGUACAACAAAUCUAGUUCAUUUAAAUAUUUCUAAGAAUCCUUUUAGUAGUAAAAAAAGCAAAGAAGCUCCAAUAUCUUUCAAGCAGUUUUUUAGCACAACACUUAAUCUUAAAUARCUUAAUAUGUCGCACUGCAAGCUUCCACAAGAAGCMCUAAAAAACCUGCUGUUAGGAUUGGCUUGUAAUGAAUUUACCAAAGAAAUGUGUUUAGAUAUAAGUAAUAACGGAUUAGGAAGUCAGGGUGCUCACGUUUUAGAAUCAUGUGUUCAUGGUGUUCGAUGCAUCUCUAGUCUAGAUAUAUCCGAUAAUAAUAUGGACGGUGAUUUAUCAAAUGUAGUUUUAGCAAUAAGUAAAAAUAGAUCUUUGCGACACCUCCAUAUGGGUCGAAGUAUGAAAAAGCAUAUGUCUACCAUAAUGGACGCCGUUGUCCAGAUCCUCCAAGACGACGAAUGUCUUCUCCAGUCUUUAAUAAUUCCAGAUUGUCGGCUCCGAUCCGACACAUUUAAUCUUCUUAAUGCACUCGGCGAUAACAAAUCGUUAGAGACUUUAGACAUAAGCGGAAAUUUGAUUGGCGAUUCGGGGGCCCGCCUACUCGCCAAAGCGUUGCAAAUCAAUAAUAAACUCAAAACGAUUAUUUUGGAUCGUAACAAUAUUACGCUGCAAGGUUACCACGACAUCGCCUAUGCACUGGAGAGCAACCGAACUCUGCAUUAUAUACCCUUUCCGAUUUUCGAUGUGACUCCGUGUAUGAAAGCUAAUGCCGAACGAACUGAUGUCAUUAUGAAAAAGAUUCAAGAUUUGUUAAACAGAAAUGUGACGCUACGACGAAAUUCGUUGAAAUCGUUCCCGUUACAACCGGGCUUUCUCUUGACUUCCAAACAACAAGCUUUGGAACGGUUGGUGGCACAGACACAAGAGGCUAUUAAAAGUUAUUCAGCAAUUGAUUCCAUUACUUCAAAUAACGAUAUAAAUCACGCAUCAGGUGUGAUACAAGACGCUGAAAACUCUAAACAGUUGCUGGUGAGGUUGCAGGAAGUUGCAAAACACAGAGAUGAUGGACAUCCAGUUGAAACAAAGUUGCAACAAGCGGCGUGCGAUAUACACAAUGCAAUCUGUGAUUAUUUGCAAAUUACAACGGAUAAAAUGUUGAAGUGUUGUAAAGAACAAUGUCCCUACAUUCUUCAUGACGAACAAGUGAUUCAAGAGAUCAAAAAGAGCUGCAAGAACAAGAAACAAAUUCCCUUGGAUUUUGUUAUGACUUGUGUUAAACAACAAGCGGGGGUUGACAUAAUGAAUAGACUCAGGGAAUUAAAUUUGCUUACGGCGGGUCAGCUUUCUGAACAAAUUGCUGAUGAGGUUUACGAGGCGUUAAUGAGGAGUUAUAAAAUUCUAGUAGGGGAUGCUAGUGCUAUUCGAAUUGAUUCGCCCCCCAGACGAUCCAGAUUGAGCAGCUCAGGUAGCUCUAGACACGGUGCUAGUGACAUCUCGAUCACAGAUAGUAGUCACCAGUCGGAUCACUCGCCUUUGGUUAGCUUUUUUCUAAUUUAUUAUUUUGGUAAUCGAUUUGUAAGUGAAUUUGAAAGAAAUAUACCUAUAUGCAUUUGUUACUUACGAAUCGAUAUGCGGCUUUUUACACAUUUUUCAUAUAUUCUAAUUAUAUUUUUAUCACACACGCAGAUGUUGGAAUACUUAAAUCUAGCAACUCCUCACCUGUCAAUCAAACGAAAGAGCCUUCACGGGCGAAAACUCCGACCAAAGUCAGUGGUCGAUAGCGUCGAAGGCCUCUCAGCGGACGACAUUCCCAGUCUUUUACCGUCUUCCAGUCGUAAUUCGGAAGAAGAUGAUUCCGUUACAGAACUUCCUAGUGCAACACACCAACUCCAACACUUAGUCAAAGGUCGUCCUCGUCGGGCUAAAACCCGUGCCCCCACACGCCCUCUAGUGAAGCCCCCCGACGUGGCCGAUCCCCUAUCGCAAGAUUUGGUUGAGGGUCUUGAUACUUUCUUCCGUCCAGGUUCGGUAACCCCAACUUCGGACGAUUGCAACUCAUUUCAGGCUGACGGAAGUCCAAAUCAUGAUUUCGCGUCCCCGAUUUUGAGUGAUGAUCGUAAAACUCCAAAGUUGAGCAGAAACUCGCCAUUGUUGAGGGGUUUGAUGACGCCGACGCCGCGGUCUAGAUCGACGGAUAAUUUGGAGAAGUUUUCGCCGGGUUUUGGAAGGAAAAAUACCGAUAAUGCGUCGCCACUAUCGAGGAGGUUUACAGGGGAGAGUAUGAUGUCGCAUGAUAGUAGCGAUGGGAGUAUUGCGGGAGAGAAUAUCGUCAUGGAACAUACGUUGGGUGAAACAGACGAACAUGAUUCUUUGAAACAUUUAAAAUCGAAGGGCCCUUCAGUCGCUCCAAAACCCCGACCAUGGUCUAUGGUUAAUUCCGAAGCUAAAACUGCCGAUUUAAGUCUUUUAAGUGAUGGUUCUUCUCCAAUAAAUUCAACAGGUAAUACACCUGACUCAGCAGACACAUUAGACAGUUCAGAAUCGUCACUUGAAAAACGCGUCACCAAAGAAAUUAAGCUGAAGCGUGGUGGCAUUUUACAGAAUUUUGAGCGUGCUGAUAUCAAGUUUUUGCAACGUUAUAAGGCGACAACGUUUGAUAAGCCGGGAGGGUCAUCAAAUGAAGUUACUAGAGGAAGAGACAGCAAUCAUAAUUGUAGUGAAACUCAAGAUGCACACAUAAGUAGAUGAUUAACUAACGUUUAGCCUCAAAAAAUAUUCACUUAGAACAAAAAUUAGAGUAACUUCUGUAAAAUUAUGAAAAAAAAAAAACCUUUCACAAAUGUU